AGUCUACAUAUUUGCCGAUGUGACGUCAUGGCACUUUAAAUGGAAACAGGGUGAAGCUUUCCGGGCUCCGGCAAUACUGUAUAUAAAUAAAAGUAUGUUUCUACGCGUAUCGUUGAUGUAACUUUAGUGUUAAGUGUAUUGUAGUGUCCUUAUGAUUCGCGUUGUACAGUAUUAAUCUCGUGGAAUAUCCGGCUAAGUUAAAUUUGCAAAGAAAAAAAAAAAAAGCAAGUGGAGCCAUCGCUUAGUGGGUGCUGAAUAAUUUUCCACAGAGAAUCACCUGUCUCCUCCAUUGAUGCUUUUCUUUGAAUCAGAACAGCGCAGAAAAGCAAAAUUCUCAUGAAGGCUGAGCUCCAUAACGUGCGGCGACUUCCCGUUUCAAGCGGAAACGGCGUUACAUUCCCGCGCCCCGAAGCGAGAUGACGACGCCGCUUCGCUAACCCGAAAAGAGUACACCGGGGCCGGAGCAGACCGAGGGAGCUCGCAGUGAUGCCGUACAGCAGCGGGGCCGUGGCCACGGUCUCAGCGAUGCCGGUGCCCUCGGCCAGCCGCUUCUCGGCGGGCUCCUACCGCCUCAGCUCCUCGCUCAGCAGCCCCAGCUACUACACGUCCGAGUACCGCUCCAAGUACAGCACCCCCUCCAGCUCGACGUCGUCGGUGGCGGCGUACGGCCGGCGGCACCUGAGCCUGUCGGAGGCGGACUCCGGGCUGGGCGCCUCGUCGCGCUACAGCUCCGCCUCGGGCUCCAGUUUCAGCCUCUCGUCGUCGUCGUCGCGCGAGCGCAGCGAGGCGCGCGAGCCCGCCUACUCGCGGGCCUCCAGCCGGUCGCGCGCCGACUCCGGCGCCACCUCGGCGUCGGCGUCGGCCUCUGCCGGUUCGUCGGCCGGCGUCUCGGGCGGGCGCGCCGCGCGCAGCUCGACGGCGGCCGCGCUCGACGCCGUCCAGGACCUGUACAACAAGUACUCGCCGUCCGCCUACCUCGCCGAGCGGCCGCCGCGCGCCACCGCCGCCUCCACCACCGCGCAGCGCUACGCACCGGCCGCCGCGGUCACGCGGACAGAGGUAAUUGGCCGCGAGCAGUCCCCGGCCUCUUCCUCGUCCGCGUCCUCUUCCUCGGCGUCGUCGGACGACGAGGCGGCGGCCGCGGCCGGCGCGGGACCCGCGGCCCCGGGGGCGGCGGGGGCGGCGAGCGGCGGCGGCGACGAGCCCGGCGCCGUGUCGGAGGUGCGGCGCCGCCUGGACUCGGUGGUGUCGGCGUCGCCGUCGCCGCCCCCGCAGGGCGCAGCGCCGGCCGCGGCCGUGCCCGCCCCCACGGUGAGCGUGAUCCAGCAGAACGGUACUAGAGUCCGCAGGCGCAUUCUCGUCACGCCGGGGCCCGACGUCGGAGACGAAGGCGACGGGGAGCGGCCGGCGGCGGCGGAGGCGGCUGCGGCAGCGGCCGACGGCAGCGGCGCGUCCCCUUCGCGGGUCGCAAAGGCAAAGAGCAGGGUGGACUCGAGCGAUGAGGAGAGCUCCGACGAGGAGGCGCGGGACCGGGUGGUCGCGGGGGCGGCCCGCCUGGGCACGGUGCGCCGCCGGCCCCCGUCCCAGGCGGCCUCCGCCUCCUCCGCGGGCUCCGCCGCCCGCUUCGACGGCCAGCCGGAAAUCAGUGCUUCUCCACGUCUCUUGCGUGGCUAUUCACGAACUCCAGGAAAUGAACGCGGUGGUCUUGCUGGCUUGCGUAACAUUGGAAAUACAUGCUUCAUGAAUUCUGUGAUCCAGUGCCUCAGUAAUACAAAACCUCUGCUGGAAUACUUGCUCAAUGAUGGCCACCUGCCUGACAUAAAUACAACUGUUUCUGGUAUGAAAGGGGCCCUCAUUAAAGCAUUCACUACAGUAAUUCAGGAACUAUGGCACAGUGACAGUAAUGGCACAGUCGUAAAUACUACAGCACUGAAAUCACAAAUCCAACGAUUUGCACCACGUUUUAUGGGCUACAGUCAACAAGAUGCUCAGGAAUUUCUGCGAUAUUUAUUAGAGGGGCUACACGAAGAUGUGAAUCGUGUUACUGUCAAACCUAAACCGAUUCUUACAGAAAUUGAUGAGACAUUAAGUGACCAGCAAAAAUCAGCCGAAGCUUGGAAACGGUACCUUCGUGCCGACGACAGCAAGAUAGUGGACAUCUUUGUGGGCCAACUCAAAUCGACACUGCGAUGUACGGUGUGUGGUCACUGUUCUGUGACAUUUGAUCCCUUUUGGGAUCUCUCUCUGCCUAUCCCCGUGCGUACGGGGCAAGUGCGUCUCCAGCAGUGUCUCGACAGUUUCACACGGGAGGAAGUCCUCGAUGGUGAUGAGAAACCCACAUGUUCAAAGUGCCAGAUGCGUCGAAAAUGUACAAAAAGUUUCACUAUCCAGAAGUUUCCGAAGAUUUUGGUGCUUCAUUUGAAACGGUUUUCACCUACUGAAAGGUUCCGUGGUAAAUUGAAUGUGACUGUUGACUUUCCACUAACUGGCCUAGACCUGAGUGCGUAUGCUGCUAACAGGGGUCAGGGUUGCACAUACAACUUGUAUGGAGUUGCAAACCACUCUGGGACAACUUACUCGGGACACUACACUGCGUACUGCAAGCAUCCUUAUACGGGAGAAUGGCACGAGUACAAUGACUCAAGGGUAUCAACCAUUUCAUCUAGAAGUAUCAUGUCAAGUGAAGCCUAUGUCCUGUUUUAUGAACUUUUUGGACACACCUCACAUUUAUAAUCUUAGUGUGCCUCCAUUAUAUUGUGCUUCACCAGUUGAAAAGUGAAAGAACACUUAAAAUCUCAGAUUUUAUACAAAAUUUGACAUUGGUCAUUGUAUUAUUUAUUUAAUUUUGAAAUUAACUAAGGAGGUGUUUGCCUGUUUUUUAUUGCUGGAAAGUUUUUAAAAUUAUAUGUUUGUUUUAAAGCAAUGUAACAAGCAAAUUGUGUGAAAGAGAAAGUGAGAAAGACACGUCAGAAAUUUUAAGAAAAUUGUAUAUUAUUAAAAUAAAAGAGAAACUAUCAAACUUCUCAUAAUAUUAUGAACAAGAGUAAUGAAAUAAUUUCAUUAUUUGUCAUAAAAUAACCUGCAUGAUGCACUAGUACAAACAAAAUGUCCCUGUUAUUGUCAACGUGCAUCACAGCUAACUAUGUUUAACAACUGAGUGGAUUUUUUUAAAUAUAUGUAAGAAUCAUUAUGCCUGUGAGUAUUUUUUUAAUUUUAAAAAUAUUUUAUAAGGGUAUAGAAAUGUUACCAUAAGCAAUGUAUUGCAAAUGUUCUCUUUUGACUUAUAUAUCACGAGUUCAUCUUUGGUACUUACGGUUAGUAUGACUUGACCAAGGAUCUAACAGUUUAUCUUUAGUUUAUUUUACAAAUGAAUCAUUAUUUUUACUAUUUCGUGAGUAAUGUUAAGCUGUUUGGUUUCUUUCAGCAUGAUACACUGUACAUAAUUUACAGGCUGAAUCAUAGAUGAUCAACUUCUUCCCUCUUAAUAAAUGGUGCUAGGUAUAUGGAAUUCAGUUUUUAACUGCGUUAUAGGUAUUCCAGUAUUUGUGUGGAGAAAAACCCUAUUUAUUCUCAACAUAAAUAUUCCUGUUCAUGAAUUUAUAUCAUCUAAGAUGUCAAGGAUAGGUAUAUGUGUAAUACAUCUGGAAGGUACACAAAUAAUAAUUUAAUAAGAAGCUAAGUGGAAGUGAUGAAAGAGUAAAAUUGGGCGGGGGGGGGGGGGGGGGGGGGAGGGGGGGGGGGGCGACACCCUGAAAAUCAAUAAGAAAAUAUAAAAAAAUAAAAAAGAUUUCAACUAUAAACUUAAACUUGAACCAUUCAUUCUUCCUGUUCAUGUAUUGCUUCUCUGUAGAAGAAGAUCAUUACCAUAAUUUAAGAAAUAUUUAUUGUUGUUACUUGCCAAGUGGUGUCUUUUGUAAAUAUACCAGUGUCCAUAAGAAAUACUCUACUUUUGGCCAUAACUGUCAAUGAUAAAUUUUGAUGGUUUCCUUAAAUGGCAUGUAUUGUAUCUUUUUAUUGCACCUCUAUGAAGGUGGGUUGUGAAUACAGAGCUCGAUUGUGAUUGGUGUUGAUAUUUCAAGUAAUUGUUGUGAUUAUAAUUGUGAUAAGUAGCACUGUGAUAAGCUUACGUCAGCAGACAACAAUGAACAAUUCAUGGACUAAUAUAGAUUAUAGAAGAUGGCAUUGUGUCAUAUAGUAAACAUUGUUUUAGGGUAUAUUGCGUUGUACACUGGCAAAUAAUAGUGGAAAGCAUUGUUGGUUUCUAAAUGACAGUCAUGUUGGAAAUUAAUUUAGUCUUAGAUUCACUGUCAAAUAUCAUUUUUCUAUUCAUUCCAACAUAUUAUUUAUUAAUAUAAAUGUUUUGUUGUACUCAUAUUGUCUAGAAGAAUUUGUUUUACUAGACAUAACCAGCAGUAGUUGAAGCAUUACAAACACAGUGUACAUACAUUUAAACAGCUUAUCAUUUGCGGAAUUUCUCAGAUGCUUAUGUAAUUUCUGACCAUGGCUGAUGCAGGGAGCACAGUCCUAAUAAUCUGUGAUGCAGAUUAAUAUUGUAGAAAAAAGCUGAAAAAUCUCAACAUGGCCCAAAUAAGUCAUAUUUUAUACCUAAAUUGGGAAUUUUGUGCUUUAUUAGACCUGAUGUCUCCCUGGAUCAAUCCUCCUUCAGCUCACUUUGCAAGGGAAGAGGAGAAUUCAAUGGUCCUGAUGACUGUCAUAGGAAUAUUGCUGGCUCUGCCCAUUUUCGGUGUUGUAGUGUGUGAUGUUUAACCUUAUUCAGUAGCCAAAGAAAUUUUACUUGUUUACUGUAAAUACCCGAAUUUGUUGCCCACUUCCACAUAACUACACACAGCCAUAGAACGUACAUUUAAAGCCUAAAAUGAGAUUAAAAGAAUGAACAAAGCAAGAAAAUUUGACAUUUGUGUUAGAUGUUGCUGUUACUCUUGUUUCUUAUAAAGUCAUAUUUUAGUGCUGGUGUUGCAAUAAAUCUGUGGUCACCAAGGUACUGUACUUUGGAAUGUAGUUUAGGUUCAAGCCUCAGAAGUAAUAUUGAGAUAUGAGUUACUGUUGCGUAAGGCUGUGCACAAAAUUAUGCUAACAGAAAUCAUUUUCAUAAGUAAUGUUUUGGUAUGUAGCAUAGUAGUUAUUGUAAAAAUACAAAAUCUGUUAAAUUUACAAACACUGUGCAUAGACCACAGAAGGAUAACAUUAUGAGUUAACAGUAUGCAUAACAACCAACCAAUGAAAUAUCAGCUACACAUUUUUGAAUUCUGUGAGCCACCUGCAGUGUCCUUUGUUGUUUUAUAUAAGUAAGCUAUAUAACUUAAAUAUUUAUUUAUUUAUAAAUUGCCUGAACAUAAAUUAAAAUCAGUUGUACAUAACAUGGCUCAGUAUUUAAAUAAUUCAAACUGCCUCAACUUGGGAAUGAAAAAUUACAUAUGUAGCUAUUUGUGUACAUAUGUUCUCUAACGUGGAGAGACAUGUAUCAAAAAUAUUUUUCUGCAAUACAGCUACCAUGUAGCAAUAGUUCUGGAAUAUCUAACAUGUAUAGCUUUCUGAAAUUUCACACAGAUUACAAAAUGCUUUAUGCUUUAGUAUUGCAUUUUUAUUGUUUCACUGUCUCAAAUGUGUGCCAAAGAAAGUUUCACGAAAGAUGCUGACUACAUGAUAUUCCUUCCACAGGCCUGAUUCUACAGUGUGCAAUAAAUAUGCAUGAAGAGUUAGGAAAAUAUUGUAUGGGAAUUUGGACUAUGGAAAUUUUAGAAGAAGUAAUUUCAAAAUUGAUAGUGUCUUUAAAAAAAUGGUGCUAAAUGUUACAGUGAAGUGUGGCAUGAACUGGGGUUUGUUAGAAUAAUAGUUGAGGUCAUUGAGAGAGACUGAAUGCUAAUUUGAAACCUAAUGUGUAAUGUUACCUUGUGGCACUCAAUUUAUUCCAUAGAUGAGUGUAGAGCCAUUCAGUAUGGUACAUUAUUUAUUUGUGAAUACUGUUGCAAUUUCUUUUAUUUUCUUAGUUUUUUUAUUUUUUAUUUAUUUAUUUAUUUUUAAUGUUAUCAGUAUUCUGUCAAUAAUGCAAUGACUUAUUCCACAACCACUAACUUUGAGUCACAUAGUCACACUGAAUUCUGAAAUAUGGGUGAACAUCUGAGGGGGAAUGAGAAAUGAAGAAAAACUGGAGCAUAAAGGAAUACACAUAAGAAAAUAUCAGGAAAAUGAAAAAAUCAUGGUAGGGAGAGCUUUAAGAAGAAUAAAAAUGGGUGGUA